CAUGGGGCCAUCCCUCAUGUGAGAGGAGGGAGCAUUGCUCCUAAAGUACUUAAGUUUUUUCUCUGUUUUACAAAAAACACAGGUACAUCGUGUGCAUAAAUUCUGUAUAUAUAUUUAAUGCGAUAUAAACCCCAUAAUCCGCCUCAAACUCUCACUGCAAUGUCCUCCAAUUCCUACCAAGAAAUGGAGUCUUUUUCUUCUUGGGCUCUUAUAGUAAUGGCAUCACUAGCAGCCUUAGCCUUUCUCUCAAAAUUAUUACCCUUCAAAUCCCACCAGCUAAAAUUUCCACCAGGUCCCAAACCUUGGCCAAUCAUAGGCAAUCUGAAUCUUGUGGGCUCUCAUCCUCCCAAAUCGCUUCAUAAAUUGGCCCAAAAAUAUGGACCAAUUAUGCUGCUCAAGCUUGGUUCCUUCCCUGUUGUUGUUGCCUCAUCUGCCGAAAUGGCAAAGGAAUUCCUAAAAACACAUGAUCAUGUCUUUGCCUCUAGACCCAAAUCUGCUGCUGGCAAGUAUUUAUCAUAUAACCAUCGCAAUAUUACAUGGGCACCUUAUGGACCAUAUUGGCGCCAAGGCCGUAAGAUUUAUGCCUCUGAGUUGUUUAACUCAAAACAACUCGACUCCUAUCAAUACAUUCGUGUUGAAGAAAUGCGUGCUUUUUUGUCACGCCUUUGCACCUUGUCAGGAAAGCCAAUUAUGCUAAAAGGCCAUCUUUUUCAUCUUUCUCUAAACAUUAUAAGCAGAAUUGUAUUUGGUAAAAAGUAUGCUAGCGAGCCCAAAUAUGAGACCCCAAUAAUCACAGUAAAAGAGUUUCAAGAAAUGUUAGACGAGUUGUUCUUUCUAAAUGGGGUGUUAAAUAUAGGGGACUGGCUACCGUGGCUUGAUUUCUUAGACUUGCAGGGGUAUGUGAAGCGAAUGAAGGCUUUAAUUAAAAAAUUUGAUCAAUUCCUUGAUCAUGUAUUUGAUGAACAGAAGGCAAAGAAGGAAGGAGUGAAAGAUUUUGUGCCAAAGGACAUAGUGAAUGUAUUAUUGCAACUCGCUGAUGAUCCUAAUGUUGAUAUUAAGCUCGCCCAUGACAAUAUCAAGGCAUUCAUUCAGGACCUACUAGCUGGAGGCACAGACACUUCGGGAACAACUAUGGAAUGGGCAAUGUCUGAACUCUUAAAGCAACCACAUCUUAUAAAAAAGGCCACUGAAGAGCUCGAUAAGAUAAUUGGAAGAGAGAGAUGGGUGGAAGAGAUUGACAUUCCACAACUGCCUUAUAUUGAAGCAAUUGUCAAAGAGACAAUGAGGAAACACCCUGUGGCUGGAUUACUUGCACCACAUUUGGCUCUUGAAGAUUGUGAUGUAGCUGGUUACAAAAUCCAAAAAGGAACUAGAGUCUUCGUAAACACAUGGAGUAUAGGGAGAGACUCAUCAGUAUGGGAUGCACCGGAAGAGUUUCGCCCAGAGAGGUUUUUAGGUAAGGAUAUUGAUGUGAAGGGUCAAAAUUUUGAGCUUUUGCCAUUUGGUUCAGGGAGGAGAAUGUGCCCUGGCUACAGCUUUGGGCUGAAGGUGAUUAGCUCUACUUUGGCUAAUAUGUUACAAGGAUUUAAUUGGAAACUACCGGGAAAUACGAAAAAUGAAGAUUUAAGCAUGGAUGAAGUUUAUGGAUUUGCAACAUCUCGCAAAUUCCCACUUGUUGCAGUGAUGGAACCUCGACUCCCUCUUCAUCUUUAUCAAAUGUGAAUUUGAUAUAUAAUUGUGUUGUUGUCAUGGACCAAGGCUUUGCUUAAUAGUAAAUAAAAUCUUGGAAAUGAUGUUAGUUAUGGGCUUUAUUUUGCGAUAUGGUGAACGAGAUAGGUAAAAUGUGUAGUAUUAAUAAAAUAAAACUUUUGCUGACUCAA